AAACACAAUUGGGAUUCUCCUCAGUAUGACUCAUACAAGAAAUAUUGGAGUGAUUUUCCAUCCCAGUGUGCUUUUUUGACGCACGUCUGAGCUCUGACACACAGUCUGUGUGAAAUCCAGAGAGGCGCAGAUUUAAACCUGAGCAGGCCACAUUUUCUUUGCCCUCUCGGAGUCUGAGGAGGGAAGAUUAGGUGAGGAUUAGAAACCCCGUGGACCAGCUGGCCUCCGAAUUCACCCUUAAAACAUCUCAGGAAUGUUGAUAUUCCCUCUCGUGAUGGGAAACAUGAAACCUGGUGGAGGCGCUGUUUCGUGCCUCCACCGUGGGGCAGGUUGCUAGGUGAGAGCUGGGCAGGGAGACCAGUCCAACACAAUACUUGUGCAGGUUGGAACAAGGAACAGAAGGCUGGUGUGCCUCAACUGAGAAUCAGAAAUUGAAUCUACUUACAACGAAACUUCUAACAGUGUGUAUAUUUAUUCUAGGAAAUAAACCGGUCUGCUCAUUCUUUAAAGAUCUUGUAUCUCUGCUUCAGUAAACUGCCUUUUUUCUUCUUGGAGUUUGCACAAAGGAGGAUCUGUUCGCCGGGCUGCAGGUAGAUAACUGUGCACAGGUAGUGAAACCCGAAACGGAAUCACGUGACCAAUGGCGAUCUGAAGAGUGGACGAGGAGGGGGAGAAAAAAACUGCUUUACAUAAAAUACCUUGUGAUACAGCUGCCGAGGAUGUAGUCCGAUUCCAAAGGUCCAAUUCAAGCAGUGCUGGAGCAUUUGCGGCUAAAUGCCUCACCUGUAGCUCUCUGGCCGGACACAAUCUGUUGUGGUUUCAUAUCUGCCAAGGUGAGGCGGAAGCUUCUCACACCAGAGGAAUCAACCUGUUCGAUGUUUCCCUGUUUGCUCUGACCUCCUGGAAGCAGCCAGAUCGAGGCUGUUCAAAGGAGAUACGAAUUCUUCAAAGUGAAUGUGGGAUCCAAUUAAAUGGACCCGAGCUGAUGCCCCCAUGUCCCAGGGCAGGUCACGCGUAGAGAUGGCAACGUGCCCGGAUAUGCUGGCCAUCCCUGGAAUUGUGGUUAGGAGUGUUUUCCUGCUGAUACUCAGCAGUAAUCCUGUGUGGGGCAAUUAUUCAAGAAAUGCAACCGAAUCAGGAAACAAUGUAGCAGUUAUUGUGGCGCCUACAGUGACUUUGGGUGUGCUGGCCAUUGUGUUGGCUGUUCUCUGCUGGUUGUUCUGUGUGGUGAAAAAGAAACGACAGACUGAAGGGACGUACAGACCCAGUUCUGAGGAGCAGUCUGGAGCGCGCAGCGUAGCCGCACCUGACAUACUGAAGUUACCAAAGGAGGAGAGACUCAUUUGACUCGUGCCCUUUCUGUUUCAAAAUCCCGCCUGCAAAAGCUUGGUGUUUUGUGACAAAGCUCUCACCUUUGAGCUGAUUAACCCAGGAAGGAUUUCUUCACAUUCAACAGAGGGGCAGGAGUACGUUUUUGACUCUGCGACAUAUGAAACAAGAACAAGGUUGUACCUGGACUAGAAUCUGAAGACAACUUUUGGAUGGAUCUACUAGUGGAGAUCAGAAACACUGAAUGUCGAUUAAGCACAACCGAAAUAAGAGCAGUAUUUUGCAACCACUAACCAGUUUUUUCCUCCAAUUGCCUUAUUUUACAAUUCACAAUGUAGCCUGUUUGUUUUGAUUCAGGCGUUUAUGAAUUCACAUUUGCAAUGCACAAUCUAUGCUGAUCUUUUACCUCAAAGCUUUUACCUUUCUUUACCUCUUUGGUCCAUUGCCUUUCAGAAGGACAAAUCUAAGAUUGUGUGUCCUUUCUUUUUAGCGGAUGCAAUCAAUCACACUAGGAUAGUGUAAAGGUUCUUGAUUUCAAAGACCUGUUUUGUGAUUAAAAACAGGAUUUUUCUGGGAAAUUACACAAAGCAAAAAUAACCAACUUUGUUUACACUUUUAGGUAUACUUCUUUGUCACCCUAUUGAAACAUUUUAUUACAUAAAUCAAACAAUAUAUACAGCUGCUAAUUAAAGAGCAACACAGGUUUCCCAGAAUUUUUAUUUAUGAUUUUUGUCAAAUAAAUUGUUAACAAAUUGAGAAAUAUUGUGCAAAGUUGUAUAAAACCUUUGUAAAGCCGAAAUAAAUCAAUGAUAGUUGUU